UAAGUAGGGAAGAAUUCUGAACAAAUAUCUUACUCUUCCCACUGCCUUCACAAUAUUCCCUAAACAGGCACGCAUAAGUUGAUGAAUGGGGAAUUAUCUAAGUCAGGGAUAUGAAGCCUGUCAAACAGCUGCAAAACGGCAUUCUCCAAAUAAGAUGCGAUUAAAAGAAAGAAACAUUAUUCAGGACCUGAACAGGAGUAUAAAAGACAAAUCGCAGUCCCUCAAGAAAUGGGUGGAAGAACUGGAUAGAGAUGUGGAGGUGGUUAUGAGUCUGAUAAAUGAGAAAGAGGAAAAGAUUAAGAAAUUAGAAAGUCGUAACAGGAGCUUGGCACACAUCAAUCGAAAACUAGGCACAAACAGGAAUAAUGCCAUCAAGGUUUUUCAGCAUCAAGAUGAUAAACCAGGACCUGCCUUACAGAGUAGAGAAAGCAACGAGCAGGCCAAUGUAAUUCAAGCCAGAAGAAAAGAGCCUCAUUUAUCUACGAAGAAGCCCGGUUCUCAUUUGGCAAGGACCAAUUCUGAUACAGAAACAAUGAUAAGAGACCCUGCAGAACAGUCUGAAAAUAUUAGGGGGGUACCUGUACAGUAUCAAAUUACUCCAAAGUUACCAGAGGGAAAUGAGAGAAUGAGUGCUGAAGACUUACUCAUAAGGCCUAAACAAGCCAAAUUGUCAGAUUACCUCUCCGAUCCUUUAAAGCUUUUGCAUGCAGUUUUACUUUGCGUUGGACUUUGCACAGUUUUCAUACUAUUAUAUACCUACUUCUUCAACAAUAACUUCAUAGUUAAUAGCCUUCUCCUGCUGCUGAAUGACCAAGACCUUGCAGAACUGAUACAAUUUUUUUCGCCAUGCCUUACUUGGAAAAAUAAUGGCCUAAUGCCAUUUUAAGAAUCACUCUUCUCAACCUUCUAGGAACACCUAAGAUUUAUUGCCACUUUAAAAAGCAAUAUGUACUUUAAAUUUAUAAUUUCCUUGUAUUAAAAAAAACCCACUCUCCAAAAGUAUGUCAUCUGAUUCUUUAACUAUUUUGCUAACACGAAUUAAGAAUUUCAGGAAGGUUUGUUCUCCUGUACAGAAGACAUCACUAAAGAAAGGCUGUAGCUCAGAAGUAGCGCAAGUGCUUUGUAUACAAAAGGACCCAGGUUCAGUCCCCAGCUUGUCAAGGCAUAUGGUCAUGAGAAGAUGGUCCCCCAUGAAGUAAACAGAGAGAAGAAUCAUCGGGAAAAAUGCCCAGAUUACAAUGACCAAUGAAACUAUGAAAUUCAUUGCCAUAGGAUGUUUCUGUUGAUGACUAGGAUGGAAAAGAGGAUUAUGGUUCUUUUUGAAGCUUUAGGCUGUGGCAAACAGACAUUGAAAGGCAAUAUACUGCUGAGACUGGGGAAUGGCAAUAGGCUACAGCUGAAUUGUCAUUGACCUGCAUGUAAAAGCUUCCUUGUAACUUUUGGUUAGUCACUGUUGAGAGACAGAAUACCAAGCUAGAUUGACCAUUGACCACAGACUGAUGCUUAUUUAGUUCUAACGCAUGUUUUUCAGUUUGGGAACAAUUCAUAAGGAUUCAAGAAAGUAAGCAGACAGAUCAUUUCAGACAACAUGGAGUCAUUUCCGGAAUUUCUCCAAAAAGCAUCAUAUGAAUAAGCUAAGCGGCAUCUGCAUCCUUUUCUGAAUGUCUCCAACAAAUAGUGAAUAGCAUUUAAAAUAUGCAGAAUGUUUUUACCCACAAUCACAGGUUAUUAGAAUGCAUGUCUGAAUGCUGUUAAUAUAGAACAGAAAUGGGAACGGCGAAGGUUUGCCUUUGGUUUUUAUUUUGUAUAUUCUGUAGUCAGCAUAAAAAAUGUAGAUGUAGGAUAUGCAAAAAUCAGUCAAGGUGCUGCUUGUGGAAAAGCUUGUAUACUUUCCUCUUUAUUUUUUCGUGCACCUGUGCAUACUAAGGCAGGUUGGUGGAGUUUCAUGGGAUUCUGAUCAGCAGCAGGACCACAGGGGGAGGAGAGGGAGAGUUUGUCCUUUUGCCCCACACAUAGUCUCAAGCUGCUGUUUGCAUCAGGAGCCAAAAGCCUCCAUUGAUCUCCCCAUGCAAGUUAUAGAACCUUCAGGGAGUAAUUUUCAUUAGAACAAUUACAAGAGGGGAAAGGGUUACUCUCUCCCUUCUCUUGCAGUCCCAUUACAGCUUUGACUCCACUAUAGCUGCUAUUUACAGUUUUUAAAACAAACAUUCCUAUUAGUCCUAUUUGCACAAUUAACAACACAUGUAGUCUGACCCUUACAUUGCUGUGAAUGCCUCAGUUCCUGUUCAUGCCCAAUACAUGACAAAACAGCUGUAGUGUCGCUCAGCUUCAUAAAGGACCACAACCAAGUGUACAAUCCAAGAUGUGUUUUCAUUUCCACAGCAGAAGUAUGAAAUACUGAAGCCAAAAGUGAGAUGGGGCCAAGAUGAUUAUCAGAAGCUGAAUCCCUUCAAAAUGCCUGUGUCUGCCUGACUGCCCACACCUAUGCAGAAUCAGUCUCUUGACCAUUCCUCCAGAUCCAAUGAAAAUGUGCCUGUCCUGUCUUGCAUGAGGCCAACAUGCACUGAA